GAUUGCCUUGUGACAGUUGAUACUCGACAGUUGGCGGCAGUAAACGACGUCCAAACAGAAGAUUUGAUUACUUAUUUUAAACUCUAAGCCGAAGAGAUGGGUUAAAAUAAUAAACCAUUUUAAUGUAAAGAUUUGCUGAACGACGUGUUGCCAUUCCGCUCUUCACUUUCGUUUCCUGUCGUCUGUUUACUUUGCACGCAUGGUGAGUGUGACUCCAACCCUCUCUGUAGGUAGUUACAUGUUGCUGGUGUCUAACCUCUGUGUGUAACCGAGGGGAACUUUGUGUGUCAUUGACAAACCUUAUAGUCCACAAACUGAUGUUUAGGACCAACUGCUCCCGUCCACUUUGCCCUACAGAGAGCGGGUGGAUUAGGUGAUUUAAACAGGCUUUACUUCUGUGUAGUCACUCAUCUGUUGAGGAUAAAAUUAGACUCCUACAGAGAUCUGGUGUCACCGUGGAUCUUCUGAGCCCCUGUAGAAGAAGCCUUGAAGACAACUGUCAGGGCUUUAGUGUGCUUUUCAAAACCAUUUACCGUGAAUGUUUGCGAGAGUAAGAGAAAUCACACCGACCAACCAUAACAUUAUGAACAACUUCUAGGCAAACUGAAGCAAACCAUCACAACAGCUUGCACUGUAUUUUUAAGAAGCUGCUACACUGUCAGUUGUUGUUUAUCAACUGAAGUUUUAUUUAACAAAUGAAGCCUCACUGGUAUUUAAAAAUCUCUUUCGCAAGAGUGUCCUGGCCAAGAUUAGCAGCAACACAUUUCAACACAGUCAUAGACAUCCAAAACACAUGUCAGUAUUUCCCUCGGUCAAAUUUGGUUUCAAUUGUUUUUUUCUUACAUGGUGUGGCACAUGGUGAUUCUUCUGUAAGUAAAAGCUCCUGUCAGGAGUUUUUUUGACUUAGAUGAUAGAUGGAAAUUCACAUCAAUGCUUUUUUAUUCCAUACUAAAGCAAAAUUGAUAUUGAGGGACUAGAUUGACUAUUUUUAUGUUGUUCUUGGUGUCUGAAAUGGAUGAAAGAGGCCAGGUGUCAGACAGGCAGCUGAGGAACAGCUCAAUUUUUGCAAUUUUUUAUCAUAUAGAAUUUUCAUAAUAAAUGAUACAGUUAAAGGGAUAUUCCGGCGUAAAAUUAAUUUAGGGUCAAACACAUCGUAACAGCAAGUUAGACGCCCCCUCGAGAGAUGAAUGUUGCUGACUGCUUGCUUCUCUACCCAACUGUAGUAAUGACGGCAUGAUAGCAAUGCACAGCAAUCUGAGGAGCCAUAAACCAACAUCAACCAAAAAGCCACUCUACAAAUAAUGCUCAGAACAGCACCUAACUCCAUCAACAGUACAUAUAGGGUCCUAGCCAUAGCACUAGCCACCAAACAUCUUUUUAACUUCUAAUUUCUUUAGCAAAGAGAAUAAACACAACUCACCUACUCUCUUCCAACAGCUGCUUGUUUGUAGCGAGACCUCGGGCCAGUCCGUUAUGGAUGCUGUGGGGUGACGCAGCUCAAGGAAGAACAUUUAUGAUCAUUUCUUUGUCAUUUCCUUGAAAUGAUUUUCACCAUAUUAAUCAUUUUGCACUGCAGACGUGGUUGAUCUUCUGCCUUAGCUUCUCAGUCCAUAUACUGUAUAUACUAUGGACAACUUGGUUCCGCCUCACGCCUGUAUACGGAUUGAAGCCAAAAAGCUCUCUGUAUUUCCAGGAUUUUUCUUUAUUUCCUGAAACCCGCGCUGUGCAGUAGCGUUGUGUGCGUUCGAUGGGAGAGUCGCUGUGAUGAUGCUCAGCUCACACAGCGCAUCACCCGGGUGAGCUACAAUCCCUGAACGCCAAUAGGCUGUAUCAGGUGUCAAUCAUAGAAAACAUGAACCCUCUAAUAACUUUUAAAAAUGGAGCUGUACAGAAAAAAAGAGGACUUGAGCACAAACCAGUCUUACAAUAACUUCAUGUCAACACCGCAAGCAGGGGGGAGAAAAAUGUAUGUUCUGUGUAAUAAAUUUCUAAAGUUUGCCCACAGCUCCAUAGGCUGGGCUGGACAAGAUAAUUAGAGACUGAUUUGUCCACAGGGGGCACUAAAACUAGGACCUAUCUCACAGGAGCUUUAACUGUGGAAGUUGUAUUGGGUGUUGGUGGUGUACAUUAAAAUGACAGGUGUUGUUGGUAUUUUCUCCUCUGAUUUUUGUCAAGGAAGUAGACAAAAUAUAAAGAACUCCUUCAAUUUAACACACUCCAGUACAGACUGUGUCUUUAAUAAUGGAUAAAGAAUAUUGCAAUUACCUGUCUGAUCAGGCCAACAAAAACAGAAAAUUCAGUAGCUUCCUUGACGUAGAAUUUGAGGUGAAGCGGUUGUACUGGAUUGCAUUAGUUUUCCCAGCUGUUUAUAAUAAUAUUAUCAGCAUCUAACUCAAUUUUAUAGAUUUAAAUUAAAUAAGAACUUGAAACCACACCAUUGAUCUAAUAACUACUGUAAUUUCAAGGUUUGCGUCACCCAAGUUGAUUUUGGACAUUUUUUUCCUAAAACAAUCAGGAGCCUACCCUUUUCAUAUGAACUACUACGCUGUAGUGGGAAUGCUCCCCUGAUUACCUGUAAAUGUCUUGCAGGAUACUACGGAGGGUCCCCGGGCCCUGUGUGACCUCUGUUUAGCUCAAGUGUGCAGCAGUCUGGACACUCUGUGCAGCAGGCGAGCAGAUGGCUCCAUGUUUCUCAGCUGGGCUCCACUUUUCCCACAGGAGAUGGCUGACCAGUUACUGCAAAAGUUGGCUACUCUAGGUAGGUAAGGGGAAAGAGAAGACUCCAGGGGGCCAACAACUAAGGACAACUAACUGCAGCUUCUAACUGACAAAUUACAAAUGUGACCUUUGGUGGUUUUACUAUUCUGCUCACCCAGGAUACUCAAGCCACUCUGACCAUAUGAUAACUUACACAACUCCAAUUAAAAUUUGAGAAAUGUUGAUAAAAACAGACUAGUUUCUGUAAUUUUAAUAGGGAAGUGUCCCAUUCUUGUCUAAUUUAAGAUUCCAACUGCUUCCAACAGUUCAAGGUCUCCUUCGUCAUAUUUCGUGUGUUGAUGUGACUAAGAUUUUCAAUGUGUGACAAGUCCAGACUGCAGGCUAGCUUGCUUAGCGCUAUUACGUAGCCGUGCUGUUGUAAUACGGACAGAGUAUGUAAGAUUAUCUGGAUGGCAGUGUUUGUCACACCAAAGCAUGUCCAAUAAGCUGUGCUGACAAUAAGCUGUGUUUUCCCUCUCUUCUUAGAUUGGAGGACACAGUGUCUAUACUUUCCUGAAAGACUGUCAAAUUCUGAUUUGUCAAAUCACACAUUAGUUUCACUUUCAUCUUAAAUGGGCGUAAGCUCAGAGAAGUCACCAGCAUUUCUGAAUCAUGUUUUCAAAGGGUUUCUUCAGCCUGUUAUUGUAAAUGGACUGAUGAACUAUAUUACAGAUGGAAGUUAUUUAGAGCCCUUACAGUUAUUUCCACUGUAGAGUUAUGUCUUUUUAAUGCACUGCCUGCACUGCCUGAAGAUCAUGGCUCCCCAGCUCCUCCAGCUCCUUAGCAUAUGGAAAUGUGUUGCUGUUGUCAAAUUUAAGAAAAUAAUAGUAAUAAUGAUAACUUUAUUUGAUUAGUACUUUUAAAAACAGAAGUUUACAAAGUGCUUUGACAUAUAGUCAUAAAGCACAUAGAAAAAGACAGAUAAAAACAGAAAGCUCAGUUAAAAUGGAAUUGAAGGCCAUUUUCAUGUCAUAAAGAACCCAGACAAUACAAGAACCAUGUAACAUAAAAUGAGACCAAAAUGAGGACCAAAAUCAAAACUUAAAUAGUUAAGAAAAAAGAAAAUGCAAUUAAAAGGGGGGUCGAAAGCGGGAACAGGAUAGGAAAUAUAAAAGGCAAUAUCAACAAUGAUAAUAAAAUAAUAAGAGGUAAUACUGAUAAUAAUAAUAGCAAUGAUAAAAUAGAGCAACAGAAAUGAGCAAGAGAUAAAACAAUAAAAGGCCUAAAAGGUUAAUUAAGAAAAGAGUGCAAGUAUAACAAAAGCUAAAAAGACAGUAAAGCUGAAAUAAGAUACAGGUAAAAGAGAUAAGAUGAGGAUAUAUUAUUCAAAAAAGAAUAUCAUUUUUUAAUUUUAUCUCUUGAUAUGUUGUCUUUGCACUAUUUUCAAUUAAAUGCAGGAUCUGAGUAAACAACAAACCAUCAAAAUGUAUAAUGAUCAACAUUUACACAGUGUCCUGACCUUUUUGGAGCAGGUGUUACAUAAAAAUAAAUCAGUUUGCACAGCCUAUUUGAUUCAGUCUCUAAAUUUGCCAUCCUUACUUUCAGUGCCAUUUUUUAUUAAGAAGACUAAUAAAAUCUGACUGUUCAAUUCCUACCCAGCACUUUGAAUUUGUUGUGUAAGAUGACAUAGCAUUUCAUGCAACCAGGGAGAGACAAUGGAGUAUUUCAAGUAUGGAGCAUUUAGAAGAUGCUUAGAGUUUUCCAUGGUCUGUCCUGUAGUUCUUUUUUUUUAUGGAAAGAAAUGCUUAAAAAUAACAUUUUCCCCCUGACUAUUAUUGCAUUAGUCCUGAUUAUUGGACUUCCAUUUAACCAAAACUCUGGAUUCUACCCUUGAAUAACCCUUUCAUCAUAUGACAUAAUAGUCCACUGUGUUUUUUGCCAGGAGGAGAUGGUGGGAAAAGUCUUUACCACAAGCAUAAAAAUUGGCAAAAGUGAUGCUUCUUUUUCCUAAAACAUCCCUCUGUUUGCUUUUUUUUCUACAAGGGAUACUGAAUGACACAACUGUUGGCAUUUUCCGAAACUGCAAAGAGCUCCGCCUGCGCAGAGCCACCAUCCGUUCCUGCCCAGUGAGUGCAAAAGCUUUCCGCCUGGCCCUCUGCCCUCACCGGCUCCAGGAACUAGAUGCCUCCUGGGUCUCUGGAGGCCUCACUGGAGCUAGCAUCAUCUCAAGCCUGGCCUCAAACCCAGAGUGUAGAUCCAGCCUGCAGAGACUGUCCCUUAAUGGGCUACCUCUGGACUUGGAGUCUCUGGAGGAGGAUCAUGGAGGUUUCAGUUGCCUGCAUGGUUUAAGGACGCUAAAUGUUGCAAACACAGACCUGACAGAUGCCAUCUUUGAGGACAUCUGUUCUCUCCCUCAGCUUGAGAAACUGGACAUCUCCUGUUGUGCUGUAACAAAACUCACCGCUCUCCUAAGUUGUAAGAACACCCUGAAAUCUUUGAUUGUACACCAGCUGCGGCAGCUGGACAUGUCGCCUGCCAGGUUACUGUCUGUCCUCAGCCAGCUUCACGCUCUCAGGCAUCUGGACUUUUCAGAUGAUCAUUUUACCGUGGAUGACAGUGAUGGGAAGGACGGGGAUGAAACAGUGCGGCAGCUUCUGGAGGGGAGUCCCCAAGUUCUUCCUUCUCUUGUCUCUCUGGAUAUCUCAGGACGAAAGAGAGUCAUGGAAACAGCAGUCAGAGCAUUUGUGGAGGCCAGGGGUGGGUUGGUCUUCCUGGGCCUGUUAGCCACUGGGGCGAGCUCCUGUGAUGUCCUAUCUACUCAGAAAAACUUGAAAGUAAGUUUUCUCUGCAAGCAUUGGUUUGAAGUUUAUGUCAUGUCACAGCAUCUGAUAAUGUUCUAUGUGGACACAGCUUGACUCUGGCAUACGUUUCCCAUUUGCCUUUCACUUGAGGCUCUGUUUGUGUAUGCACUAAACAUGCACACUGCAUUUCCUGUCUCUCUGAGUGCUGAUACUCUGUGUGUGUUCAGGUAACCGGAAAAGCUAAUGAGAACCAGGUGUGCGAGGCCCUCAGACGUUACAGAGACCGCGAGUGUUUCAUACGAGAGGGCCUCAUCCGUCUUUACAAUCUAAUCACUGACAUCGACAAACCACGACCAGAUAUGCUGAAGGUAAUAUGUUCAGUGAUGUAUUUAAACAUCCCAUUUAAUUUCCUAUAGAACUCUUUAUUUUUGUGAUCCUCAUCGCUCACUUCUGUUGUUAUUUGAAAAUGAUGGUUCAUAAUUUAAUAAUUAAAUGUUUUUUGUUGUUUUCUGUCCACAAUUAUGUUUCUUUCCUCUCAGGACAUUUUUAGCGUUGUUGCUAAUUGAUUUUCAAGCUCAUCCUAUUUAAAGGCAUGGUCCCUUUUAGUAACAAGGUGCAUGGUUUUAAGAGAGAUAAGGUAUUCCUUUAAUAGUCCCAUGGGAGGGGGUUCAAAAUUACAGGAGCAUAAGUACAGAUACAAAAAGUGAAAUUAAAGGAUAAAGAAAUUUAAAGGAUAAACAAACCAAAUAGAAAAAAGAGGAAGAAACUCCUUCGAGUUCACAGAGCUGCUUUAAUGGGCUGCUGCUUGUCCAACACCAGAAGUCCUAUUUACUACAAAUAAAGGCAGAUUUCAAUUAAAAACCUGUAUAUACUAUUAAUCUAUUAGGUUGUUCCUGUUAUAUAGUGGAUAAUGUUGUAACUGUUGUACUUUCAGCAUUACAUGUUGCAUUUAUGGCACAGAGAAAAUACUGUAUGGAGGCCUGACAGCUGCCACACUGUCUAAGUUUGCUCAAAGAAAGCAGCAGGAAAACACUCAUCCAACCAUUUUAAAGAGAAUGAGAGGAAACAUAAAUGAACUUAAAGAUAUAUCUGAGAAAGAUGACUAAAAGGCAGAGUAGGAGGAAUAUUCAGCUGGAGUGUAUAUGCGCAUGUGAAUCCGUAGAGUUGAUGUCAUCAAUUUACAGAUACAGCUGAAGUUGCAGUGAUGUUACAGUCUCCCACAAGUUGAUCAGGAAGAAGGCUGAAAAAAGGUUUGCCUUGUUGAGUUACUGCUUGUGCUGGCUUUGAAGAUAGAAAUCAAGACUAAAACAACAACAACAUCCGACCCACUCCCCCGCUGGGAUGAAGUUUUAUUCAAAAAAUAAUUAAAAGCCUUUUCUCUGUUGAUGUUUGUCCUAAUCAAAGGCAGAGUGAGUUUAAAGACUGAGAUCACUUUUGUUGGCAUUACCUCCACCAGGACUGUUUUGUUUUUUUUCCGCUCAGUUCAAGUUAAAUUUCCUGACAAAAUUAUUGCAGUGUUCAGUGAUGAUAGGGAAAAGAACAAAAAGAGUCAGUUUCUUUUUAACCUCAUCUGUAGGUGAAUAGUAAAGUGCUAAUUAAAAGCUGAGUAUAGGUGGGAGGGUAACACAGUCACAACACCUGCUAGACAGUUCCAUUACUGUCGGAUGAUUGCUGCAGAGAGAGAGAAGAGCAGACAUUAUCCCUCCUCUGCAUACUGCCUUUUUGUAGGCUAUUAACAAUUUGACAACCUAUAAUCAACAAUCACAAACAUGGAGCGUUUAUUGUACAUAUUUUAUAACUGAAACAUGUGGUUUUGUGUAGUUAGUGCUGAGUGGGAUGCAGAGCCACCCAACCUCCCUGCACGUCCACCUGGUGGCGACAGCGUGCGUGUUCAACCUGACCACUCAGGACCUGGCUGAGGCCAUGCCGGUCAGUCUGCUCAGCUGCACUAUCACCCAGCUGCUGUAUGCCAUGAAGACCUUCCCCAAUAACCACCAGGUGCACUCAGUAGACCUGAUAGCAUAUAGAUUCACAUCUGUAAAUUAGGGCUCUGAACAGUUCCUUAGCUGCUGUUUUUCUCUGUUCCAACAUUAACUGCAUUUAUUCAGAACCCAUUCCUUCAUACUUACACAAUAUUUUCUGUUACUUAAAACACCUCAUAAUGGUCUAUUAUAUUUCCUUAUGCUCAUGGUUCUUUAAAUCAAACUGUUUCCAUUUCUUUAGGUGCAAAAGAACUGUCUGCUGGCGCUCUGCAGCGAAUAUAUCCUUCAGGAUGUCCCUUUUGACAAGUAAGUUACCGUUCUUCAGGUAUAAUACGAUGCGUCAGCCAACAGUGGAACAGGAGCCAAGAUAAUCAGAGCACUUAUGGAGUGGCAUUGUAAUGUUUUUCCAACAAUUUGGGAUCCAGUAGGAAUAUAUUUUCCUUGAAUUGUACGUGCCAAAAGAAAUAGUUCCUCCUGUUAUAAAAUUGCCUUACUGAAUUUUGAUUUUUUUCAAGGCUAGUCAAGUUUAUUUUUGUAAUACCGUGCUCCUCACAUCUGUGCUGUGAUCAUGGUUCAGGUAUUUAGCAGCCACACUGGUGAUUAUCUGGCUGAGCAGCCACGAGGACCCGACCCUCCAGAGGAUGGCUGUGGCUGUCAUCUCCAUUCUGGUGUCCAAGGUCAAGACUCCACUCACUUACUGUGCAUUAGUGUGCUGCAGGGAAAAUAGCAUGGCACCUGUUUGCCCAACCUGCUAAGAGCUUUCCUGCCUCUGUCCCCUCCUUUGCUUCUACAACACUAGUCUUAGCAGCCAGUCAUGCAGUCCAGUUAAGAGGGGCGAUAAAAUUUAGUUUGACAUUUAGGGAAAUAGAACUCAAAGAAACACUGUUUUUGUUUGUGUUGCAGUUGUCCACAAAGGAGACCGCUCAGCUUGCUAAGGACGUCUUUUUUAUGAAGGUAUUUUUUUUCACAUUUUGAGUGAGUUUAAUUCCAAACCUACACAACAUCCCUGGAUUAGCACUAGAUAUGCAUGGGUGUAUUUCUAGUUCUCUCUUUGUCUUCCUCCCCUGCUCUAUUUUCCACUGCCUCCCCACUCGGUAUUCUCGUGUACUCUGUCAUUGUCACCUCAUUUCUCUCACACUCGUCCUUCUCGGUUUACUCAAUCACGUUGCUAUUGCACUCUCUUUGUGAGUGUAAUCAGGCCUCUCUGUCCGCCUCAGCUCUUUCCAUUCAUCGUAUGUCUGGUUUCACUUAUUAAUAUGUAAACAUUUUCAUCCAACAGUUAAAUUCCCCACCGCCAAGGGAUGUUUCCAAUGUUUCCUUUUGGUUCUUUAUUUGCAUUUUCUUCUCUCCAUCAUUCCCCACUCUCUGAUUCGUGUCUCACAGCAGCUGCUGGCGAUUGUACAGCAGAAAGCAAUGGUGGGAGUGGUGGACUCCACUCUGAAGUUCGCCCUGAGUGCUCUCUGGAACCUGACGGAUGAGAUGCCCACUGCUGCUCGCAAUUUCAUCGAGUGCCAGGGCCUGGAGCUGUACGAGGAGGUUCUGGAGGUAGAGGACCAAGAAAGCACACACUGAUAGAUACAUUAAAGAGAAAUGAACCCACAUGCAGGGUCAGAAAUAUUUCUCUUCUCUGUCUUCUUUUUUGUUGCAGUCCUACUACACAGAACCCUCAAUUCAGCAGAAAGUGCUCGGCCUCCUGGUGGGUUCAGUUUAUGUGUUUUAUAGUGGUUCAGCCUGCUCUUCUUUUUAGAGAUUGUUUACUCGAACCUAAGCUCAUUUUGUUUUUGCAGUCCAACCUCCAUUCAGGCUGUGACAUCAGCUCCUAAAUCUAUCCAGAGUUUUUGUCAAAUAUUUUCAUAUUCCUCUCAUGCUUUUCACAUUUUUUAACCAAUAGGAAUAGAAUUAAAAUCCGUCUGCAGGCAAUCUGAUGUAAGACAGUCCCAGUUUUCCCACUGACAGGAUCAUCUUUCUGCCAAGUUACAUUAUUUCUGUCAUCACUGCUGUCAUCUGUCUGGCUGUGCUGCAGAAUAACAUCGCAGAGGUGGAGGCGUUACAGUCUGACCUGAUGGAGGAAGAUUUGUUGGAGCACAUCCUCAGCCUCCUGCAGGACUCCCAGGUUGAGGUGGGGGUCAGGUACUUUGCAGGGGGGAUCCUAGCGCACCUCGCUUCCAGACCCGAGGCUUGGACCCUGGACGAAGAGCUUCGCAGCUCCAUACUGGAGCAGCUGGUGUGUGAGAGAGAGAGUGUGUGUGUCUGUGUGUGUGAAGAAAACUGCCUCAGAUUCACUUCAGCUGCAUUUCACAGACAGUUGAAGUCAAAUUUGGGUCUUUUCAAAGUGUCCUUGUUUCUUUGCAGCAUGCAUCCAUAAUGACAUGGACUCAUCUGGAGAGAGAGAUGGUUUCUUACAGGUGAGAGGGGAUGGAAACAUAGCAAAAAAAAGGUGUUAGAUGGAUAGCUGUUAUAUAAUGCAUUUGUUCACCCUGUCUGUUCAGUUUGAAAUCAAACUUUAAAUUGUUUCCAGUAAUACACAUCCUACAUUCUGUCUACACACUCUUACAUAACCCGAUUGCUGCUGAUUUAAAUAAUAUUAAAACACCAAAUCCUAAUGUAAAGCUGUGUGCACAUUUAUCACAAAAGCCCCCCAACAUUUCCCCGAGUGACGUUUAAGUUACGCUGUCAGGAUAGCGUCGUUGUGACAUGAGAUCAAGUGUCUGGAAGCUGAAGUACACACACUCCAGUUUUUUAAUCUAAGUGUGCUGUUCCCUUGUGCUGUAUUUUUCAGAUCAUUUCGUCCAUUUCUUGCAUUGCUGCAGACUUGUCAGCCUCCAGGAGUGCAGCUGUGGGCAGUCUGGGCCAUACAUCUGGUCUGCAGUCAAAACAGUGAGACUCACAAACACAGCACAGCAGAGAUACUGGGGGUUGAUUUGACUGUGGUGAACACAUAAGGGUCGGCAUAUUCAGAUCAGUUUGACAAACAGAGCCGUGCGUGUAUUCCAGUAUCAGUGUAUCUGCAAUGAUGAGUCAUCUAAUAAAUAUGUAGCUGAGAGACAGAAAAAACAGAACUAUUACAUUUGUAGAUCAUUUUGAAUCAUAUUAUUAUAUUUUCCAUUUCAAAUAUGAAGACUUUCUGCUAUUUUUCUAAAAACUGGCAUUUUAAGUUUAUAUUAUUAGUAAAAUUAAGAAUUAUUUGUCAUCCUUUUUCAUAUUAAUUUUUAUGCUAAACGUAUCUGACUGUUAUUAUACCUUGAGUCAUUUUGCUGUCCAUCAAAGUGUACACCCCUCGCAGUGGCUUUCGCUGGGGUAUUAAUAUGCAGGUGGAUCAUGGUAAGCCUCACCUCCUUAUCACUUCUUUUCUCUAUCCCCUAGCCUCACAUUACAGCAGCAUGCUGGAGCAAGAGGGCGUGACUGAACUUCUGAGGGCUUUAACUGCUCACCCUGACACACAUGGCGACAUUAAAGGACUUUCAAACAGCAUCCUACAAACGGUGGAGCAUAACGAGAGUCACCCGGGGUCCUCAAACAAGCGGACAGGGCCUAGAAACUCUUGAUAAAAGUGACUGAUUUGUUGUCUCUGAGUUAUGCCUAAAACAUGCAGAACUUAAGACUGCAGAAGCAGAAUUACAGACAUAGAAUGGCAAUCCUCUUUAAAUCUAAAUUUUGUAUUUUUUAUAUAGAUAGUAUAACCCCAUAAAAAUAUUUUUUGACACAGUUAGCUUUAAAUGCUAUGCUAAGUGGAAAAACUUUUGUUGUGGCUGCGUUUACAUUUUUUUGAGGUUGAGUUUCUGUUUAAUUUAAACCUUUUUAAUCCUUAUAGCGUUCCCUGUGAGUUGUGUUGUAAAUCAUAAAUACAAUGAAAACCUGACACUAGAGGGUGCUUUGGUACUGCACCUCCAGGGCUCUUUAACCCCAGUGAAUGUGAUGUGUACAGUAUUCACUCAUUUUGUGUGUAGAUUAAAGAUCAUACAUGAUAAGCAGCAAGAUACAAAAGCAGUCUGUAUCUGCUGUUUAUCCGUCUGUACCGGGGACUUCAUUAUAAAUCAGUCAUGCUCUAAAAUAA